AUGAGUCCAACAGCGGCCUCGGGGUUCUACUUGGCCGCAGCAGACGCAACACCCCGACACCUGGCGGACUGGACGCAAUACCAACAUGACACUCGCAACAUCAAGUUCCUCUCCAACCAACGCUCACAAUGGUAUCCCAAUGGUAAGCGAGCUAUUCAAUUAGACACGCUGGGAUCUUACGAUAUCUCCAACGAUUGA